AUGCACCUAGUCCUAAGAGAUAAGGAUUUUCUAAAUCCUAAAUUUUCCAAUUGCAUAUCUUAGUCCUAAAAUAAUAAAAUGGGAUGUACAGGAGUAUUUGUCUCCAAACAAAUCUUCCUCCUUCGCACACAAUUAAAAUGGCGAGCCAUCCGACCCGUCCUUCUCCUGUACCCUCAGGGAUUACGGGUUUAAGAAGUAAACGGGGCCUGGAUAUUGUGUCCAGGGUGGGUUUUUUUACCUUGGUCGGGACACCACGACAAGGUUUUUUUACCUCUCACAAAGACAAGAAGACCAGAGCCGAUGCAUCAGGAGUCAAACUUCAGGACUAGAAGGGAAGUGAGGAAGAUCUUUAUGUGGGGAGCUUCGGGGACCUGAAGGAGACUCCGGGAGGCUACUUUUCUCCCUCCCCGAAAAGGGACGGCGCCGGGUCACUAGACCCCUGAUCAAGGAGUACCUGGGUGAGUCUCCCUGUUAGAUGCUGACGUCACCAUUUUUUGGUGACGUCGACAGAAAAUGGAGUGAGCUACAGAGCCGGUGCAUAGGGCGCGAGCUUGAAGCUGGCAGUGCUGGAUAGAGGCUGAAAUAAACCUCCGCGACCCGCUCAACUAAUUAAUCUAAUUAAUCUAAUCCUCCUUCGCAUAUUAAGCAUUAUGGAGUCAAUUUUCCACAUGGGCCUUUAUCCAAUUUGCUAAUAUAGAUUGCCAUGUAGGAUAAUUUGGUGGCCCAAAGAAGAAAGAAGCAGGUUUGGGCGAGGUCAAACUCGGCCUGUGAAGAAGUUCUGUCCCUUUUAGCAGUUCUUCUGGAAUGCUUUUAGGCAAGAUGACUCUUACGAUACCACUUACGAUGCUAGAAGGGUGGGCUUCAGUCUAAAGCAGCCUGCUGAAAGAAGAAACACUUUAAAAUCAUAAUAGCUAGCAUUAGUAUAUCUUAUUUCCAUUCAAUAAUUCGGCAAAUCGUAAUAAAUAUAAAAAUGAGACCAAUUAGAACAAGGAAAGACGUCCAGUUUUGGCUUCUAGCACUCGUUGGAAGUUUGUGGUUCAUGCCACCUAAAACCUAUACAGGAGGAGUGACAUCAGUGGAAACUAAAUCUUGGCUCCCUGUUACUCGUAAAGAUUGCAGCUGCCCAUGGCUUAAUAAAUCUUAA